UUUUGUGGUUUUUUUGUGGGUGCGCAGCUUGACAAUGAAGCAAGCCGUAGCCCGUCUAGUCGCGGCGCUGCUGUUCCUGGGCCCGGGAUGCGGCGGGACUCCGCCGUGGACUUCGCCGCCCAUCGAGCCCAAGCGGCCGUUCCUGUUCACGUGGAACGCGCCCACGGAGUUGUGCCAGAGCCGCUUCGGCCUGCCCCUCGACCUGUCGCAAUUCCACCUGGUGAGCAGCACGCUGCGGACGGCCACCGACCAGCCCGUCAGCAUCUUCUACACCGACCGCUUCGGGAUUGUCCCCUACGUGGACGAGGACACGGGCGAGUUUGUGGACGAGGGGCUGCCCCAGCUGGUGGACCUCAGGGAGCACCGGGAGCUGGCCCAGGAAGACAUCGAGUUCUACAUCCCCGACGACCGGCCGGGCCUGGCCGUACUGGACCUGGAGGAGUGGCGCCCGCAGUGGAUCCGCAACUGGGGCAGCAAGGACGUCUACCGGCAGCUCUCGGUGGAGAGGGUGAAGGCCAGGAACGCCAGCUUGUCGGACGAAGAGGCGGAGGAGCGGGCCAAGAUGCUCUUUGAGCGCGCCGCCAAACGCUACUUCCUGCGCUCGUUGGUCAUCGGGAAGCGCUUGAGGCCCAAACGGCUGUGGGGCUACUACCUCUACCCCGACUGUUACAACUAUGAUUACAACCAGGACAUGAACACGUUCACCGGCCGCUGUCCCGACAUCGAGAUGGAGCGCAACGACGAGCUCUCCUGGCUCUGGAACGAGUCCACUGCCCUUUACCCGUCCAUCUACCUGGAAGCGGCGUUGCGGGACUCCGUCCAAGCGCGACUCUUUGUGCGCCAUCGCCUGGUAGAAGCCGCCAGGGUGUCGCGGCUCGCUAACGGCUCGUACGCCAUCCCCGUCUACGCCUACGUCCGUCCCGUUUACAAGGACAGCAAGGACCAAUACAUGUCGGAGAUGGACCUGGUCAGCACCGUCGGCGAGGCGGCCGCCCUGGGCGCCGCCGGAGUCAUUUCUUGGGGAGACAUGGACGUUGCCGAAAGCGAGGACUCGUGUUUCGAUGCUCGGCACCACCUGGAGGAUGUGAUGAACCCGUACAUCCUCAACGUCUCCACGGCCAGCGAGAUGUGCAGCGCCGCGCUGUGCCAGAGCCGCGGCCGCUGCGUUCGCAAGCGCUGGGACGACGACGUCUACCUCCACCUGGACCCGCGCCGCCAUCGCAUCCGACGCCGCCGCCGAGGCGGCCCGCUGGCGGUGAUCGGCGGCGGCCUGUCCUGGGACGACGUGGACCACUUCGACCGCCACUUUGACUGCAUGUGCUACGACGAGCGGCCGUGCCGCUCCACCGUGGACGUGAACGCCAUCCAGGACGAGCGCUAUACCGGGAUGAGGUCUAGCGGGCAUCUCCUGCCCGCGGGGCCGCACCUGCUCCUGAUGACCGCCGCUACGGGUCUCCUCCGAAACGUGGAGCGCUAGCGAUGAGGUCACCGUUUCUGUGGUUCUUAUUUAUGCUCCCAAGUACAGUAUCACUUUGAUGGAUGGUGCUUGUAGUAGCCCCCUGUUGGUAGAAAAUGGAAGUGCGGCGAUGUUCUUCCCAAAAGAAAUUCCUCUCAUGGGUAAUAAAGUUCCUUCUAGUG